AACGUAUUCAUGCAUUUAUUUAUUUUGUAGUUGUACAGGUUCCUAGCUCGACGCACCAACUCCAGCUUUAACAAGGUUAUCCUGAAGCGUCUCUUCAUGAGUCGAUCCAAUCGUCCUCCACUUUCCCUCUCUCGUUUGAUCCGCAAGAUGAAGCUUCCUGGUCGUGACAAUAAGACAGCAGUUGUUGUGGGAACCGUUACAGAUGAUAUACGCAUCCAGGAUAUUCCCAAACUUACAAUUUGUGCAUUGCGAGUGACUGAAGGUGCACGUAGCCGUCUCCUGAAGGCUGGAGGCAAGAUAUUGACAUUUGACCAGCUGGCCCUAGCAUCUCCAAAGGGACAGAAUACUGUUCUCCUGUCAGGGCCCCGAAAAGGCCGUGAAGUGUACAGGCACUUUGGCAAGGCACCUGGAACUCCACACAGUCACACCAAGCCAUACAUCCAGUCAAAGGGUAGAAAAUUUGAACGUGCCAGAGGUCGCAGAGCAAGCAGAGGCUUCAAAAACUAAAAGUUUACUUGUGUACUUUUUGCACAGUAAAAUAUGUUCUAAAAA